AUGAGCAAGGCGAAGCGCGUGACGACGUCGAACGACGUCGGGGCGCUAGCGACGUCACCGAACGAGCGGAUUCUGCGAUCGAUCCAUGAGUUGUACGAACGCGGACCCGGUGGGUCGAACGCGGGGUCGUCGCGCGGUGGGGUGGGAUUGUUGGACAUCGCGAACGACCCGCUGCUCCGGGUGAAGUGCUUCAAGCCGAGGAAAAAGGUAAACUGCAUGAUCAUCGGGAAUCACUCAGCGGGGAAGAGCUCUUUCAUAAAUUGGUACAUCGGAGAGAGCGUGCAGACGACUGGGGUGGCGAUCGAGACGCGGGGGUUCACGUUCGUGACGAGCGGGAGGAAGCGCGAGACGCUGAAGGGGGACGCGACGUUUGCGUUUUACGACUAUCUCGAGGGUGUGCAAGACAUGGAGGGAUUGAACGCGAACAUCUUCACGGAGAUAUCGACGAGCAAGGAAAAGAAUUUCAGCUGCGUCGAUUUCUUGGACUCUCCGGGGUUGGUGGACGGCGAUAUGGAGUACCCGUUUGACGUCGGCAAGGUAAUCAACUGGCUCGGCGACCACGUUGACUUGAUCUUGUGCUUCUUCGAUCCGAUCGGUCAGGCGCUGUGUAAGCGCACGAUGAAGGUGAUCGAGAGCUUGAACGAAAACCACGCGGACAAGUUGGCUUACUACAUGUCCAAGGCGGAUCAAGUCGAAAAGGAACACGAUCGUCAACGAGUGUUGAUUCAGAUAACACAAAACUUGAGCUCGCGCAUCAAAAACUCGCACGCGUUCAAGCUUCCGACUGUUUAUCUUCCCAGGGACGAUUUGACCGUUCCGAUUCCGAACGCGAUCGAAGAAGUCUGUGAAGAUAUAGACCGAGCGAUUCGCCUGACGGUACAAAAGAAUCUCACGAGUAUGAAGGAGGACUGCACGCGCAUCGGCGCGCGCAUCGAAGAAGUCAUCAAGACCAACGACGCGCAUAAGGUGGAUAACAUGAAGCGAUCCAUGCGAGGCAUUACGCUUAUGAUUAUUGGUUGGGUCGUGAUGUUUCUUUCUCUGUAUAUCGCCGUCAAGGAAGUCUGCGCGACGCCCGUUAUUGCACACGGUCUGCGCAAGCUCCUUCCGAGCGCGCCACAGCUUGAGCUGUUGCUCUCAAAAGAGGCUGAGGUUCGUUGGUUGGGCAUCAAACACGGCGGCGCGUACGCGUUGGCAUUGUGUUUGGUGAUCUAUGCCGUGAUUACGUACGUGAAGAACGCGGUGUGGCAAUUGCACACUCUACUCACGAAGAAGGAGCUGGCAAAACUCCAGCAGUAUCAGCAAUAUAUAACCGGCUUCAUGAAGUUGCGCGAAGGGCUUUACAAGGAGUACUUCGCCAGCUUGCAUCAAAGCGGAUAG